AUGUCAAAAUCCAACAACUCACCCAAGGGUGGUGUUGUUGUCAUUCGGUUUAAUGCCAAAUGGAUUGCUCAUGCACAUACAAUAAUAGCAUAUGUCGCGUUUUUUUCUGCAUUAAUUUUGGCCUGUUGGACUCACUAUUAUCAAAUUGUUAAAAAUGAGUAUUGGGGUUACCCAGAGGAAUGGUUUCCAAGUGUUAGUGCUGUUACAGGUGAUUGGUAUCCAGCUCGAUCUAUUUUUCAAAUUUUAAUUGCAAUAGCAUCAGGUCCUCGUUUUUUGUUGAUUUAUUUAUUUUAUAUCAUUACAAACAAAUCUGAUAGUUUAUACCCCAAAAUACAUGCAAUUAUUGGAUUAAUACGUACCAUUUCAUGUGGAGGUUGGGUUUAUAUCACAUCAACAGAUGAUCAUGAUAUACAUGAUGUAGCCAUGAUAGUGUACUUAGUUACAACUUUGCCAUGGAUGGUGGGUUCAUUGUUAAUUGGACCAAAAAGUAACGGAGAAAUUAAAUGGAGGAAACUUUUUUCAUUUUCAUUUUUUGGAAGUUUGGUUCCUAUGAUAUAUUAUUUUAUUGAACAUAAAGUUAAUCGUGUUGCUGGUGCAUACACAACAUAUGCAUUUCUUGAAUGGUCUUUGAUUAUUUAUGAUAUUGCAUUUGAUGCCAUAACUUUCUUGGACUUUAAUUUUUUUGAAUUGCAAAUAAUUAAUGCAGGUCUUUUGGAAUCACCACAACCAAAAUUUCAAAAAAGGAAAGGAGCAGUUGAUUCCUGGAGCAAUGCAAAAGGAUUUAUUGCAGACACCUAUCUUGCUUUUAUUUACUGGUCAAUGUUGACUUCGCUUGGACUCACUAUUUGGUAUUUUCCCUUAUGGCAUAUGGGUAUUUCAGGAUAUGAAGCUUUUUUGCUAGUCACAACCACGCCUGGCUUACUUGGUUUUACUUCUAUAAGAAACAUAGUUGCUUCAAACCAUGGAGUGUUUCACCUUCUUUCACUAUGUGGUGUUGCAUCAUAUUUGUUCACUGAUCCAACUCAACGUCUUUUAGUUACUUCAUUUGGAGUAGCUAUAACAAGUAUAACAUGGUCAUCUAUAUGGAUUGAAAGUAGAAACAGUGCUAGUCUAUUAGAACGUAAUUCACUAACAUGGUGUUUAGGACUGAUAAUGAGUAACGUUGUUAAAAUGGCAUGGCGAACUAAUAAUCCUAUUUGGCCAAUAAUGCAUAAAGAAAAUGGAGGAUGGAAUGGACUAGGACUUAUUUUAGGUGUUAUAGCCUCUUUGGAAGUUAUGUCUCGCAAUAAAAAAAAUAGAGUUGUUGACUCAAAACAAAAGUCAAAAUCAUCAUUAGCUUGGAUUUCUUCCGCAAUAGGAUUUGGAUCCCUUUUAUUUGCACUUCAUUCAUUACUCACUGAUACUUCUACAAUUACUCGAUGGGUGUACAAUGGUUAUCCAAAUACUGGUCCUUUACCGAUGCCAUGGGGUGCUGUGAUUAUUGUUGCCAUGUCUCUCGGUCUAGUUCUGUCUCCAUAUCGCAAAAUAAUUAUAGGUAUACCUUGGUAUAUUAUUGGAUGUGUGUCUUGUGCUUGUCUGUAUUAUUAUCCUGCUUGGAGCGGAUUUUUUGGAGGUCUUUUGCUUUCUAUAUAUUUAAUGUCAUUGGUUCCUACCUUUAUUGGUUCUUUAGUAAAUCAUCCUCCUGGAAGAACUUUCUUUAUUUCGAUGAUGAUAUAUAAUAUUCUUUGCCUGGGACAUGUAUGGGUAGUUGCAUAUGCAUUUGUUCCGGCGGGAGAAUACCUUCGUGAACAUACAGAUUAUAUUCUAUUAGCAAUGAUGAUGUUUAUUGGAGUUGGUUUAUGGAAUUCAUCAGGAAAUUUUAAAUUUAAACAUUUACAAUUGCAUAAAAUACAUUUUAAUACUAGAGUUGGAUUAGCAAUUAUGAUUGUGUCAGCAUUUAUAACAACUUAUUCACGUAUCCCUUUGGAUGCUCCUAAGCCAUAUCAUCCAGAACAUAAAAUUGUAACAGCAGGAAUAUGGACAAUACAUUUUGCCUUGGAUAAUGAAAUGUGGGCGAGUGAGUAUAGGAUACGUGAUAUUAUAAAAGAGUUGGAGAUGGAUAUUAUUGGAUUAUUGGAAUCUGAUCUUAGUAGAAUAAUAACGGGAAAUCGUGAUUUUACACAAUUUUUAUCAGAAGAGCUUAACAUGUAUGCUGAUUAUGGGCCUGGUCCUUCAAAACACACAUGGGGUUGCGCAAUGCUUUCAAAGUUUCCCAUAAUUCGAUCAAAACAUCUUCUUCUUCCAUCUCCAGUCGGUGAACUUGCUUGUGGUAUAUAUGCCACUUUGGAUAUUUAUGGACAAGAGAUUGAUGUGAUAGUAAGUCAUAAUGGACAGGAAGAGGAUGAACUUGAUCGUAAAUUACAAACAACAGAGCUAGCAAAGAUCAUGAAGGAGAGCAAAAAUCCAUUAUUAUUCUUAGGAUAUGUAGUAACGACUCCUCAUCAAGGAAACUACCACAUCUUAAUUGAUGAGGGUAAUGUUAAAGACAUAGACCCUACAGAUCAUGAUCGUUGGUGUCAAUAUAUUGCAUACAGAGGAGUUAAAAGAUUAGGAUAUGCACGUGUAAGUCAUGGUGGUAUUACGGAUACUGAAAUUCAAUUGGGUAAAUUUCAAGUGUUAGAUAAAUACGACUCAGUUAAUUGGGGCACAAACGAUACAUCAAUUAAUGAAUCCGAUGUCCCGCAUGAUUCAAGGUUUCCACCAAUAUUUAAAGGUGCGGGAGUACGUGGUCAUCGAUAUCAUGUUUUUAAUGAGCCUCGUUAUUUUAAUUAG